AUUGGAUAUUAAAAUAUAGAUGGAAUAAUAAACAAUAGAGAUAGGAUGUGUGUGUUAUUUGUCAGCUGUAAUCAUUCCAUUUAUUGCCCAAAGCAACAAAGGAUGAUUGAGCAGCAACACCCAGAAAGUAAAGUGAUGAUGGAGCAUCAACAACACCCAGAAAGUAAAGCAAACAACAUGAAGUCCAGCUGCUUGCUUGCUGUCACCUCACUCACUCACUUUCUACAGUUUAUUCACUUCAACACCACACACACUUGUCGACUUCAGCUUCUGGACUAUCAGUAGAAGGCUACUCCACCACAGGCUGCCAUGGAUAACUUCCCAGCACAUGCAAGUCAUCAUGAAGACGAUGCAACACAGUCAUGCAACACAAACCCACAUGAACGUGAUUUGUUCCAUGAGGAUGCAAAGGACCUUCAGCAGUCCACUCAGCCGUGGUGGAGGAUCCAACUUUUUUUGUGGGAGCCGGUUCUCUUUGGAACCUGGGAUGGUGUCUUUACCACGUGCAUGAUUAACAUCUUUGGGGUAGUCCUGUUCCUGCGCACAGGCUACUUGGUGGGGAACACGGGCGUGCUUGCCGCCCUGCUGCUGGUCUCCAUGGUGGUGGGUUUUGCUUUGGUCACAGUCCUGUCCGGGAUUGGCGUGUGCCGGCAUUGUGGGGUGGGAAGUGGAGGUGUGUACUCCAUGGUGUCUACGGUCUUAGGAGGCCGAGUCGGGGGGACUGUGGGUCUCCUCUACGUGUUCGGACAGUGUGUGGCCGCCGCCAUGUACAUCACUGGCUUCUCCGAGUCGGUGGCCGAGCUGCUCGGUCUUCAGAACCAGUGGGCGGUGAGAGGUGUGUCAGCCGCGGUGCUGCUGGGCCUGCUGGGAAUCAACCUGGCCGGUGUCAAGUGGAUCGUGCGACUCCAGUUGCUGUUGCUGGCGGUGCUGGUCGUCUCCACUCUGGACUUUGUCAUUGGCACCUUCACGCACCUGGACCCGGAAAAUGGCUUCAUGGGUUAUUCCUUCGCCCUGCUCAACCGCAACACGCUGCCGGAUUACAGCCCGGGAGAAGACUUCUUCACCAUGUUCGGGGUGUUCUUCCCCGCCGCCACAGGUGGUACAUUCCUGCGUAUGACGGCGGCGACUGUGGCGCGGUGGAUGACGGUGCGUUUAUGUGCAGGGGUGAUGUCAGGCUUCAAUAUGAGCUCCGAUCUGCGGCGGCCUGAACACAACAUCCCUGUUGGAACGCUGGCAGCGGUCUUCACCUCGUGGUUCCUGUAUCUGGUCUUCGUCUUCCUCCUCGGGGCCAUCUGCACCAGAGAAGCUCUGCGCUAUGACUUUUUGAUCGCUGAAAAGGUCUCCUUGCUGGGCUUCCUCUUCCUGCUGGGCCUCCACGUGUCCUGCCUGGCCUCCGCCACGGCCGCCUUGUACGCCGCGCCCCGGGUCCUGCAGUGCGUGGCUCGCCAGGGGGUCGUCCCCGCCUUGACCUGCCUGGGACCGGGGCGAGGUCCAAACAAGACUCCGGUGGCAGCCAUCAUUCUAACCAGCCUCCUGAGCAUGGCCUUCAUUUUCAUCGGCCAGGUCAACGUUCUGGCACCCGUGGUCACCAUCAACUUCAUGCUCACCUACAGCUUCAUCGACUACUCCUUCUUCUCCGUGACUAUGACCUCCCAGUUGCAGAAGGGAGACCGAAGCAACAUGACCACGACCUGCCGACAGCCGGGGUCCAGCAGACAGAGCGGCAGGCCUCUGAUUGAGGGUGCCGCUCUAGACUAUGGCAGCAGAGGAGAAAGUCCACAGAGUAAAGGCACUUUGAUGGAGUUCACCAAGGACAUGGAUCAAAUCUUUCCCUCGGUCUACAACGGAGACGCUGGAUUUGAGAAGACUCUGCGAGGGCAGAGGGGCAGAGAGACGACGGCCAAGCAGAAGUUGUUGAGUAGCUUCGCCUUGGGACUCAAUAGCGAUCUGUCUGAAGAAGACCAAGUAAAUUCUCAGAAAGAAUCCAAGUUGGACCAAACUUGUAUCCCCCAUGUUGGACAAGAUCCCUCUUCUGGGCCUCACAGCGAAGUCCCGGGAAGAAAAGCCGAGCAGCAGAAUGAAAAAGUCGAACCCCGACCUGAGUCUUCCUACGCAAAGUUCAGCAACCACUGGGUAGCUCUUAUCGGUGCACUGAGCUCCUUGCUGAUCAUGUUCGUUAUUCAGUGGGUUUAUGCGCUGGCAAACAUCCUCGUCGCCCUGCUGCUCUUCUUCUACAUCGGCAAAGCGAGUCCCGGACUACCCAGAGGUGUUGCAGCUCCAUUCAGUUUUUUCGCCUGGACGAACUCAACAUUAAACGCCAUUUGCAGAAGAAGGGCGUCUCCCAGAGAUGAGACCGUGGUCACACCCUCGCUGUCAGGCCUCGGUCUUCAAACCGAGCAGCUGACCGAGGAAAAUACCGACUUCGCAUCUCGCCGCCGCUACCACCAGUCCUCGUUCUUCAGGGCGGACGAUAUGGUGCAACCACCACAUGAGUAACUAAAACAUCAUGAUCGCUUUGGAGGAAUACUACCUAUUUUUUAUUUUUUUUUGCAUGGCACAAAGUGUACUAUUGUCUAUUUAAAGUUGACUACACUUUUGUUUUAAUGAGAAAAACAUAUAAUGUAUAAUAUAACUAUCUUCACGGUUAAAGGCAUGUCACAAAAUACAUUCAUGAAGUUUGCUUCUUUUAUGAAUUUAUUAUGGGUCUACUGGAAAUGUGAGCAAAAUUAUACAUACAGCAAUGUUAAUAUUUGCUUACAUGUUGGCAAGUUCCACUGCAAUAAGGCGCUUUUGGUAGCCAUCCACAAGCUUAUGCUUGAUUUUCCAGUUCCGUUGGAAGCCAAACAGACCCAGAGCAUAAUACUACCACCACCAUGUUUGACGGUGGGCAUGGUGUUCCUGGGAUUAAAAGCCUCACCUUUUCUCCUCCAAACAUAUUGUGGCCAAACGGCUCAAUUAUUGUUUCAUCUGACAUCACAUGGACCAAAAAUAAGAGCUUUUGGAGCUGUUUGCCCACAAUACCCAGCAAUAUGUUUGGAGGAAAAUGAGGCCUUUAAUCCGAGGAACACCAUACCAUGCCCAACUGGUCCAGUUGUAAAAGGAGAAAAAGGUAAAGUUGCAGAUAUCUCUUCUGCAUCUUCAUGUAAUCCUGAUGCAAAGAGUUAGAGCCAAUCUAAGGAAAAGUCUGGUUCAUUUUUAAAAAGAUUAAGUGCGGUGGAGAUCGUGAGGUGGAGGUUUGUUGGGAUUACUGAUCACUUGGGCGUGGUCACAGCCUAUCCCAGCGGUACUUGGGCGGAAGGCAGGGUACACCCUGGACAUGUUUACGUUUCGGUUUACGUUGUAGUCAAAAUAAUAUGAUGAGAAGUCAUAACUCUGAGACAAAAAGUAGAAAUUCUGAGAUAAAGACAUUGUGAGAUAGAAAGUCGUAACAUCCAAGUUAGUUUGUUGUUGGUGCUGUUUUUUUUUUUUUCUUUAGAUGCACAUUUUUCUUUUUUCAGAAUGCACUUGUUCUUGGAAAUGCACAUUUUCUACAUCAUCAUGUACAUUUGGUAUAUAUUUAAUUUUUAAGUAAUUUCCC